AUAAGCUGUAAAGAAGGCAGUGCAUCUACUCCGACUCACUAAUCAUCAUGGACGCCCUCAAGCCCUUCCUCCCUGAAGCCAAGGGUGUUCUACCCUACUACAUGAUCAUCCUUUCCAUCAUCUCCAUUGGCAAUUCGCUGCAGGCGUACACCACGCUGCACUUUUCCCGACGAGUCUACAACGGCCGUUUUAUUCGCAACCCAAAGCUCCCCAGCAAGACCAACAACUUCGAACCCGAGGAUCAGACGAACAAGCUGAUUCCUGCUCAGAAUGACCCCAAGGCUACCGACCAGUUGACUCCCCUCGCGGGCAGACUGUUUGGCACCUGGACACUCAUCACCUGCAUUGUUCGAUGCUACGCUGCUUACAACCUCCACAUUGGUCCUGUCUACACUCUGGCUUACUGGACCUACAUUGUUGCCUUUUCACAUUUUGCCAGUGAGCUUUUUGUCUUCAAGACCAUGACGUUUGGUCUGCCUCAAUACUUCCCAUUCGCCCUGGCUUCCACUUCCCUGAUCUGGAUGCCCCUGGUUCGGGACCACUACGUCCAGUACAACUAAAAUGUGGUAAUACAAUCGUACGAGGGGUAUAAUUUGAGUUUCAGGGGGAAUAUUUGUCGGGUAAAGCUUGUGGAACAAUGACAUACAAAUCAUGAUGGAUAUAUAAUUGAGUAGAUUUUAAUAGCCAAGUGGAU